AGAUUGAUGACUGACUAAACAAGCUACAACCCAACUUAAAUUCGUCAGCCAAAAUUCCAUUCCGUUUCAAUUCAUUCACAACAGAUAGAGGCACGCCAAGCGAUCUUGAUGACGGCGGUAUGUUUUAUGUAGCAGAUACAGAUAGAGCCCAAGUAUAGAAUUGCGCAUUGUGAAUUAGAAAAAUAAGUAGCUGCACAUGCUUCCGAGAAGCGCGACUAAGUAAAAGAUUUUCAUGCUUCGCCAGCAUGGUUGUUUCAGUCUCUCAGUGUGCCCAGCCCGCGCCGCGGCGAGUACCACUGUGGCCUGAGGCGGUUUUUGGGAAGCGCCAGCAGUAUCAAUCUGCUGGUAAAAACAGUGCAGCCAGUAGAAGAGCAUUCCGUCUGUGAGACCUGCGUCGUGCUUGUCAACUCACAAGUCGCUGUGGCAUACCUAGUCAACAAGUGCAGCAUCGGUCAGGAGGGGACUUCUACCGUUCCGGUGCAAAAAUGACGGCGCAGAGUUUGGAGAUGCAGAAAAAUCCGGAGGAGGAUGAAGAGCUGAACUCUGUGGAGGCGCAUUUGCAGCGCUUUCGGGAAAUUCUCGACCCAAAUGCCUUCGAAUACCUCGGAACCGUGGAUCCGGCAGUAGUUGGAAAAAGCGCAAAUGUCAGCGGCCUGAACAUAAUGGAAUUUGAGGGUAUAGUCUUACUUUCGCAUACAAAUUGAAACUCUCGUGUCCUGGCUACGUGCUGGUCUUAUAUUCGUUGCAGCUUCUUGCGACAAGAAGAAGAAGAACUAUGUUCAUAUGAUUAAGAAAAUGAUUUGUACUACUUAAUAAGUGUUACAGUGCACUUUCAAAUAGAAUGAAUGUGGAAAAUGAACAGAUGUCCUCCUGGACGAGGACAACCUCUUUUACCUCCCGAAAGUGGAACCGCACCGGGGCAGAUCGGAGCGGCUAGGUAGAUUUUACCAUUUUCUGGACAAGACCACGCUCUAUGUAAAGUCAAGGUGGGGCGUUUUCGUUUUUCUACUCUUUCUCCUGACCAGCAGGAUAUACGCGCUCCAGGGUUUCUUUCUCGUGGCCUACGCAUGUAGCAUUUACCUGCUGAAUUUGGUGCUCGGGUUUCUAACGCCAGCCGUCGACCCAGAACUCGAUAAUCGAAGAGCUGGCGACACCGACACAGAAGACUUUAGGCCUUUCGGUAUACAGAUUUUUUUCUUGCCGAAAGCUCGUUACUCCAAUUAUUUUGUUGACCUGAAGACGGAUCGUGGUAAGUAUUAAGUAUUUUUAUUUCAGUUGUGGGAUUCGAGCUUAAGUUUGACUCGAAGAUGGAUUUUGACGAUGUAAAAAACAUAAACAGUACGGCAAGUCCCGGAGUUUAAAUUUUGGUUCGAUGCAACGCGGUGUGUGGUGAUCAGCUUGACGCUGACAAUGUUUCCGUGCUUCGAUCUACCGGUAUUUUGGCCGGUUUUGCUGGUGUAUUUUCUCUUGCUCACCUUCUUCACGCUCAAGGAAAGGAUAAAGCACAUGAUCAGGUAAAAUGAUUUCUUUGUUUUUUGCAAUGUUUUUGCUUGUUUUCACACAGGCAGCAUCAUCCGGGAGACACGAGCCAUUUUGCGUAUCGCAGGGAACAAAAGGCAGUUCACUUAUUGCAGUUGUGUAGUUGGUGUGCAUCCAGUGAGAAUUUUCCUACCUCGACUCCAAAUCAGGCACCGCUACCUGCCAUUUACGUACGGAAAAAAGACCUACAAUAAGCUGCCGGAGCAAGACCCGGGGGAAAAUCCACCCGGAACAGGAGGGGGUAAGGAGAAUAUUGUCUGA